AGUCACUCCAAAUCGUAAUGUCAAACAGUGAAUUUCUAUGGGCAGGCAGCGGCCAAGUCUUGGAGAGCUGAUCUCCUCAGAGAGGUGCCGCGUUAGCUGAAAUUCUGCAAACGAUUUGGUUCUUAUAUUUUUUUCAAAGGCAGAGCGUGCCUUUCUGUGGCAAAAAAUGGCAGUCGAAUGCAGUCGAUAUUUCUCGAUCAUGUCUUCUUUCACUCCUCCGAGAUGCAUCCUCUUGAUUGCAGCUGCCAUGUUUGAGCCUUCAGCUCAAGCCUGAGGGCGGCACACAAGGCAUUCCUCCUCGAUGAUCGCACCGGAAACACCUCCACGGAGUUCAUUUGUGAGCAUCGAGGUUUUGGUCAAACCCACGCGCUCUGAUUUUGCGUUCUACAUUGUUGAGCUCCGCAUAGAGUCUUGUAGAAGACCUCAUUGGCGUUUCCAAGUUCUCGCGUCGACAAUCUGGUUUGCGAUGGAUUUUUUUUUAGUCCUGAUGGUGCAAACCAGGCUUUCCAUUUUCCUCUGCCUUCCACCUGGGGUGGCCAGCUGCAUACUUCUCGCCAGCUGCAUACUUCUCACAGCUGGGCCCGGAAGUCUUCAUCGCCAUCAUCAACUUGCUUUUGAUCAUCUCCAGUCAAUCGUAGUCUUCUCGCCAUCAUGGCGUCAACAAGGCUGGGCCUGCCUCAGCCUCUUGGCUUUCCUUGCUGAAGGCUCACACCUUCAACCUUGGGCUCAUAACCUGCAAAGGCAGAGUGCGCCUUUUCUUAGACAAAAAGUGGCUUCAAAGUGUCCACCGCGUGUUUCCACUGUCUCAUGGUACAGUUCGCAUAGUUUUGUGCAGCGCUGCUCAUCUAGCACUUUCAACUUUUAUUAACAUUUUUUAGCAAUCCAAAGACGAGACCGCCAUACUGGCACAAUGGUCAAAGUCGAUCAAAAUCGCCCUAUAUAUAUAUAUAUUUGCAUGCUUGGGGUCUUGAGACGGAUUGACUCGAUAGAAGAAACAAGAGAAAGCCAUGGAGAAUACGUAGGUGGUGCAGAGCAGACUCUGGUUGCUUUGAAAUUUUAGGCUGCCAGCAGACUACAUUGACAAGAUGUUUCCAGAGAAAGACCCACCAAAGCCGGAGCGCAAGGCUCCAGUGUUUUUGAACGAGUUGCUCACUCCGCCUGACCCUCCGAAAUCCUCAGGUUCGAGACCCUCCACGGCUUCCACAGGCUUUCCUGGAUGGGGCUCGAGUCAGGAUCCUGCAGUGUUGGCUGCCAUGAUGGUGCAGGCUGCAAUGAUGAAGAGCUCACCUCCAGUUCCUCCCAUGGCGGGAACCAUGCCCUAUGCGGGACAGAUGCCACCGGCUUGUUUCAGACCGCCUUUUGGGCAAGUUCCUGCCGACGCCUAUCCUGCAACACUGCAGACACCAAAGAGUGAUGCAAGCGAGGAGAAGGGCCCGCCGCAAGCUGCCUUGAAGGUCGGGCUCGGAGAGAGCUUGCCGCCGAUGAGACCACCCAAACCUUCGAUCCAGGCUCAACGCACGUCCAAUGCUCAUUCGAUUAGUACGAGGGAGCGGGGCUCUGAAGUUCCGCCUUUUGUGAUGCUGCUAGAAGGCUUCUGCGAGCGGAUGCUUUAUGAUCGGCCAAGGCAAGUCACGCAGAGCACCACAACAUCAAGGAGGUGAAUCACUCCUUUUGACCGGCCGGCAUGGGGAGUGCUAGUCUCACACUGCAACUGUGUGAAAAGACAAAAGAUGGCAGACCAUUGCAAUCCCACCAGCAUUUUGCCAUGGUUGGCACCCCUUUGACAAUCCAUGCUGACAUAUAGACGACUUGUAUCCAUUGAUUAACAUGAUUAGUGCU